GAAGAAAGCUGUUCCUUGGCGACAAGGGACGCCUGUGUGGUCGCUAUGUACAAAGUAAAGCAAAGUACGGUCAGAAGUUGGCAACGUUAUAAGCUGUUUUUAUGUUUCCUAAUUGAUGUGAGGUUGUAUAGAUUAUAAAUGACCUCUAAAUGAAUCUGAGGCACUUUUUAGCACCGUGUGCGGUUAGCUAACGUAGUAAACACGGUUUUAGCCUCUAGCCAGCAAGCUAACACUACUGUCUCCAGAGCGGGAUCAUCAAAGUGUCCCACGGUGGGGUUGCUACCGUUCAGACAGCGUGUAAUAUCAUGUGUCAAUCAAUAUCAAGUGUAUUAAUAAAAGUUAGCCAGAUAGCGUAAGGAAGAGCGUGAGUUUAAAGAUGUGGAAACGAGGCGGUCGAAGCUCCGCUCUGGACCGGGCUCAGGCCCUGCUGUCCGCCAAGAGGACCAGCGGAGGAGGCGCUGAGUCCGCGCCGGAGCCUGCAGCCACAACACGGGGACAUGCCGGUGCUGUGGGUGGGUCUGUGAAAACCAGGUCUGCCCCCCCAAAUACACACACUCUACUGUCAGAUCUGAGUGACCUGUCCUCAGUCAGCUCUGCCCCUGAGCAUGGAGCGGACGGAGCGGGCUCUGCUGCUGCUGGGAAGACCCAGGGGGAUUCUACCAAGGAUCUCAGACCUCAGAGCUCCCUGGGUGGAGGAGGGAGCAGGUUCUUGAAGAAGGCUCCACCACCUGCGAUCAACAGCAGCUACUCGCCUGUCAGCAAGAGCCAAAUGCAGCAGGAGCCUGAACCCAGGUAUGUGUCAUCUUCCCAGCGAGGCUCCCAGAAUGCUGCUUUGAGUAGACUCGCUCAAAUUGAGAGCCGCAUCCGCAGCCGCAAGCAGGCUGGACAAGGGCUAAAACCGGCUGAGAAUCAAACCUCAGACAUGGGGAUCCCACCACCGCCGGCAGCCCAGUCCGUGGAGACCUCUGUGCAGCUCUCAGCAGCUCAGUCCAGCAGUGACCAGAGCCUGAAGGGGAAACUUUUCCUCAAGAAUAACACAACUGCAGCUGUGAAUAAUAGUAAUGCUGCUGCUGCUGCUGCUGCUGCUGCGUCCCAACAAGGCCCAGAUGUUGGUGUCAGGUCCAGGUCCAGAGCUGCUGAUGCUGUAGUCCCUUCGGCAGGUUUGGAGACAAAGUCAGUGAGAGUAGUGAGUGGUGUGAGUCUGGAAAGUGAUGAAGAGGACAUGAGGAAACUGCUUGGAGAGUCGUUGGAUUCAAUAGACAACAGCUUCUUAAUACCUGGGAGACCAGCGGACAAGAUGUUGAGCAAAAGCCAUCGGAAGGUCCACUCCACACCUCCUCCCGCCGCUGUCCCUCCCUCAUCAUCCUCCAAUACAGCUCCACCCCGCUCCCCUGCCUCUCCCUCUCGCCGCAGCUCUCCUUUUCGAUUCACUGGUCAGGCUCAGGCUCGCUUCAGCCCCUCUUUGCUCUCCCCGUCCCCCUCUCCUCCCCGUGUCUCCCCUUCUCCUCUGGGGAGACUGCACUCCCCUCACAGGGCGCAGAGUCCACAGCGGCCCCUCUCCUCCAUGUCAGGCCGCAGUGAGGUGCUCUCUCUGGAGGAGCUCUUCCCUGUUGGGCCUGGCUCUGAAGACCCCCACAGUGAGAGGAGCACAGUGUCCUCUGAAGACUUCAAGAUAAACGUGAUGACAUUAGACGACCUUGGAUUUACAGAAGAAACACCAGUAAAGGAGAGAGGAGUCAGCGCCCCUGUUCCUGGCCCCCCAAACAGACAUCAGCUGCCAAGAUUGAAGGAGGAGGAGGAGGAACAGCAGAUGAAGGAGGAGGACCUGCUGGACUACCAAAGUGACUUUGAGAGCGAGAGCAGGACAGAGCCAAAUUACAGCACCAGCCAGGUUUCAGAGCACUUGCAAGGAAAUGGAGAUGGAGAGGAGGUGGUGUCGGAGGUCAGAGAGCAGGCUUCUGAUUUAGACGUGUCCCGUGGGAGGACAGAAGAUGAUUACUCGAGCGCUUUCUCAGACACAGGACACUCCUACACCUCACAGACUUCAGAUCACAGCCAAACACUCAGCAGAAACAGGGACUCCAGGUCUUCCAGAUCCUCGGUCUCACAUGGCAGCCGGACCUUAUCUCACCAGUCGAGGAGGCGUGCUUCAACUAGAAAGGUUUUAAAAGAGGCAGCAGUACAGACUCAGUCGAAUCCACUGGUUCACACAUGGCCGGGUGUGGCUACUGUGGGUCCGGCAGUGGGCAUGACCUACAUGGAUCCCUCCCCAGUGCUCACUCAUACUCUCAGUGCAGAAAUGGUGCAAGCUCUCAGCACCUUCAACCCGGCUGUCUUUGCACUCAAUGAACUGCUGAAGCAGCAACUCGCCAUGACAAGGCGGUUCAUUGAAAGCAGCCGCCAUCUUCAUUCCAGCCUGGUAAAGAGCCUGGAACCACCAAACUACAGAUACACCACACUGGAGGACACCAAGGAGUACAUUCGCAAGCACAGACCUCCCAAACUGACAAUGGAGGAAGCCUUAGAGGAGGUGCUGCAGGAGAUAAGACUACCGACACAGACCAACGAUUGUCCUUCAUUGCUGAACCAGCCACGUGCUUCUUAUUAAAAUAUAUUGUUAUUUUUA